AUGCUACCACGAGAGGUUGCCUACAGUGCGGAGUGCGCGGGUGCGGAAGGAGUCAUUCUUGUGCGGGCACCGCAGAAACGCCGAAGACGGCUGAAAACCUUAUCGGGUCUGCGAGCGAUUCUCAUGCAGACAAUGUCAGACACGAUCGCCGUAAAGCUUCCACGGCUAUAUCCACUGAGCAGCUCGUCGUGUGAGAACCGGAAUACAGCGGCCGACUCCGUAUCACAACAAAAUAUUACUCCUCCAUCUGAUGCAGUACAACCACCGGUGUCAAAAAACAAAGAUGAGCCUGUUAUUACCUCUGGUUCCAGAACUACUGCAUUGCGGGACGGCUACGGAGUGCGAAUAACGACACAGCACGCACUAUUUCCACAUUACAACAAGUUUGCAGAAUGCUGGCAGCGCCGGUUGUUCAGCUCGCGGAUUCAGCCUUGGGAAGGCCGACCAAAUGUUCUGCUCUACGUUUUGUCGCCGACCAAUCUUGUUAAACUCGCUAUGGGAACGAAGAAUCCGAUCGGUCAACAAGAACCAGCAGAGCUACAGGGAGAUGCGCCAGGUGAGUCGGCCGCUGCCUGUCUGCCACGGGUAGAUAUGGGCUCAGACGCGAGCGCGAUCCUUCACUCUUCGCUUGAGCUUAGCUUUGCAGAUCGAAUGGUUCUCGACAAGUACCACGUUGAAGCAGUAGCAAGAAUGAAGGCGUUGACGGAAGCGCAGACAAGCGUCAUAGGAGGGGCUGUAGCGCGUCGGCACCAUACAGAACAAGGUCAGUCUCCCGGCGACGAGCCAAUCCUGACGCAGGAAGAGUUGACUGUUCUCGCACUAUUGCCUUCGUGGUGGGGUCUCGCAAUGCCCCAGGGCGGCUUUUCCAUCUCA